GGGCGGGCCGGGCCCAGCCCGCCCCGUGCCGCUGCCGCCGUUACCGGGCGGGCGGCGGCCGAGGGGGGGGGCGCGCGGGCCCCGCGCCAUGGGCGGCGGGCGGCGGGGCGCGGGGCGCUGAGGGGGCGGCGGGAGCAUGGCCGAGGCGCUGCGGGAGGAGCCGCCGGGCGGGCCGGAGUCGGAGGCCGAGCUGUCGCAGCGGCUGGCCCGCACCAAGGCCCGCUCGUACGGCAGCACGGCGAGCGUGGCGGCGCCGCUGGCCGAGCGCUACGUGGAGCACCGCCUGAGCGCCGGGGACACGCUGCAGGGCAUCGCCCUCAAGUACGGCGUCACGAUGGAACAAAUAAAGAGGGCAAAUAAACUGUUCACUAAUGACUGUAUAUUUCUGAGGAAAACCCUGAAUAUUCCUGUUAUAUCAGAGAAACCAUUACUGUUCAAUGGACUUAAUUCACUGGAGUCUCCUGAGAAUGAAACUGUUGACAGCUCCCCUUCUUGUGAAGAAGGCUCAGUGACGGUUCAGGAAGAAAGUAGUUCUUCUCCCAGUCCUCAAGAACCUGACAAUCAGCCCACUGCACCAGAAGAACUGUCUGCCAAAGAUUUUCUACAGAGAUUGGACUUGCAGAUUAAGUUAUCCAAACAAGCAGCCAGAAAACUAAAAGAUGACAGUGUCAGAGAGGAGGAGAAUGAGGAAGGUCCCUAUGCAACUUCUUCAUAUCACCACUAGAAGACAGAUGCGAUGGCCUGAAAACUUUCCAUGAAAUCAGUUCUUACAGAACUAAAUGGUCAAUAAUUCAAAAAAGUCUUUUGGACUCAUCAUCAUGUUGUACUUUAUACAAGUCAUGAAUGGGUAAUUGCACUGAAAUUAUGACCUCUUCUGCCUUCCAUAGGUUAAUGUCCUUAUGCUAUGUGAACAAAGGGUUUAAGCCUUCCAAAACUAGCAAUGGCCUUUAUACCCCUUCUGUGCAAACUGUAGCAUGGUAGCAACAAUAUAUCCUUGAGGUCACCCUUUAUGCAGGAUGUUGAUCUUUAGUAAAGAUUUUGUAAAUACUUGUUAAAGUGAAAUUUGUUUUAAGUAUUUAAGAUGUUAAGUAAGUUUGCUUGUAAAUGACAAAACCACAAGUGGAAGUUUACUUAUUCUGCAGACACAGGCAAGCUUGCUGUGGAAGUUGUGUCUACUGCAGGGCUGCAGAACUUGCCUCUGAACUGUACGUGUCUGGGUGGUUAUAAGAACAUCCUUUAUUUCUAGGAAGGGGAGUCUGGCUUGUUUUCAUUAGUUAAAGCCUUGACUACUAAAGAGCCGUCUACAAACAUUGGCUAGUAAAAGGGAAGCGUUACAGCAAGAGAUUUUUCUUUUGUAAGAUAAAGCAUUGAAAUAUCAGUUGUGUGUUCUUGUGUGCAGUUACAUUGUGUGGUUUUAAUUUAAUAAAUAAAUUUCAAUGUUUGUUCAUUAUGAA